AUGUCGACGGCAUCUAGUCAAUCCCGAGGAGUCAACCGACGGAUAAACAGCCUUCAGAAUGAAGGUCGCCAUUCGCGCAACUCGUCUGUCUCGCGCCGCCGGCCUCUCACGGCCAACAUCGCAAGCAGCCACGCUCUGCGCGUAGCCUACCUCACCUACCUCCUCCACCCUCGUUCCCGUCGCAUCCAAAAUGCACCGGCCGCGCCGGCACGGCCCAAGCGAUCAUCGACCUCGAUCCAUGAUUUGAUGAGUGACUUUUCGCUAGUCAGGGACUCGAAGAGCACCAGAAUUCCGCAUGGCUUUCUGUCGGAGCUGGAGAAGCGGUUGACCGGCGUGUUGAUGGGGAAGGAGAAAAGGAAGGAAUACCAGGAUCAUUUGGUGGUGCGCACGUUUGCCGUCUUUCUCAAUGUGCUCAAGGAAGACUCCUUCCGCAACCGCAUGGAGAAAGACCGCCGUGCCGAAGAUCUACUCCUUAUCUUCUACUCCAACGCCAUCAAGGAGCUGGGGAAGGGCAAGGAACACGAUGACGAUAGCUGGAAGCUCAUGGUCGAUCGCCACGUUGCGCUUUUUGUCCGUCUCCUGGCGCUGAUUCUCAAGAGCAAUGACUGGUCUAAGGACCGUCCAGAGCUGGCAAACCGAUUGUCGGUGCUGGAGAACAAGCUUCUUCUACAGGAUCAGGACUUGAUGGAUUCAAAUGGCCCCGCAUCAACAACAGAGGUUCUGGCCCCCCUGAGCCACGACGUGAAGGACAUGCCUCUUGUACAACAUGUGGCCAAGAUCUUCGGGAUGACGACCCUCCAAGCCCAAUCUGAGAUUGAUAAAAACAGAUCGGUUUGGACAGAGAGAGCAGCUCUUCAGGAUCUCAAGACCUAUCAAACACAGCUGAGUCUUCAUACCCGCAAGACGCUGUGCAGAGAGGACUUCGAGACAGACGAGGCCUUUGAAAGCUGGAAGAAGAGCGAGGGUCCCGAUCUGUCGCAGAUGAUGCUUGCAAUUGUACAGUCCAACCCAGAGCUUGCCAAGAGCACUCCUGGAGCUCUGCCCCAAUAUAACGCUACUGCCGGGGACGACCUGUCCUCUCCUCGAGACCGAACAUCCUAUGCCAUUGAUCAACCGGUUGAUCUCAGCUCGCUCUCCCUGGGCGGCGCGGAUGGCGACUCUGAAGAAUCUGACACAUAUACUUUCAUACCAUCGGAUCCCCGGGCCGUGUACAGGUUCAUUCUAGCCCAGACUUUAGCCCAUGACCUUCGCGAUCGGGAAAUUGAAGCUUCACAAGCCACAUCGGAUGCGCCGUCGAUGAAGCUGCUCUCAAAGCAGUCCACAGAAAUGCUCAACGAAAUUUGUCUCCGCUGGCGGAUUCCUAAUUUCUCACGCAUCGUGCUCUUCCUCGACGUCAUUCAGUCCAAGUACGUGGACUCGGAGAUCGACCUCGGCACCCUGGACUCAGCAUUCACAUUUGUGAAAGAGGCGCCCAGCAAUGAACCGCGGGUCAAGCGCAGCAGCUUCAUGGCCUCCUCCCUUUUUGAUCGGCGGAAAUGGAGCGUGCAUGAUUUGCAGACUAUGCAGCAGCUACUGUCCAAAAUUCAUGAGGCCCUUCUGCGUGAACUUUACGACGUGAUGAUGGAUUGUUUCGAGGCGAAGCCCCGCCCAAUUGGGCCUGUAAUGUACGUCCUCCAAAAUCACAUUCAGAUGGACCCAAAUUAUACAGAGGAUCCGGAGGACAUCGAUCGCUUCUCUUCGUAUGUGCAGGAUGGUCUUGCUCAGAAGGCAACGGAGAAAUACCAGAGUCUUCUUGGCCAACUGAUCCCCGUCGAUCAGGACUCGUGGCAGGUUGAUAAUGUAAUUCAGCUGGGUGAUGCCAUCUCGAAACUGGCGCAGAAGAUUCAGAAGCGGUACAGGAAUAAUCCUGAGAUUAUGGGCGUCAACCCUUAUACCACCCUAUGUCUUAAUGUACUCCCGAUGUUUGCGGAGGAUGCGAAUGAAAUGGUCAUCCGAAUCAUUGAGCAUGCCAAAUCUGUGGGCGAGGAGAUCGAUAUUGAAGAUGGCUUUGAUCUGUACAGGCAGCUUGCCACGAUCAGACGUCUUUUCACGAACACUAUUCCUGACACCCCGUUCCCGUUCCACGUGGAGAGUCUACUGGAAGAAUUUGUCUGGCGAUGGCUCCGUCUGACUGACCAGAGUGUCAUGGAGUGGGUUGACCAGUCUAUUCGACAAGAUGCAUUCACCGUUCGCGGAGGUGGGACAGGCGCGGUCGUACCAGAGGACAACCGACACAGUGUAUCGGUAAUUGAUAUCUUCCGGUCCUUUAAUCAGGUGGUGGAGAACCUGAUCGGGCUGGAAUGGGACGACGAUCUUCAGUAUGCGAAAUUCAUGACCGCUCUCUCGAACUCCAUUGGCAAGGGUGUUGCAAAAUACUGCGAAUCCUUGGAACAGAUGUUUGCCCGUGAGAUGGACCGUCUCACGCCGGAACAAGAAGCGGUAUUGAACCAGACCACUCAGGAGAAACUCAUGCAAUUCGCCAAGGACACAUGGACGAAUAAGGUCAAGAUCGAGCCAUUCCAGUUUUCGUCUGAGUCCCUAGUGAAGUUGAACAACGUCGAGUAUGCGCUGUCCCAAUUGGACAGGCUCGAGAGUGAAAUCAACGUUGAUGGAUGUGCCGAUGUUAUCGCAAAGAAUACUCCUCCGCAGCUCAAGAAGGUGCGCAAGUCCACCACUUACGUCUUCACGAUCAAGGUGGUGGAAGCAGAAGAUCUGAAGGCAUGCGACAUGAACGGUGGCAGCGAUCCGUAUGUCGUCUUGACCGACGAGUACCAGAAGCGGAUUGCCAAAACACGCAUUAUCUAUAACAACCUCAACCCUCGGUGGGAGGAUGCAGUAGAUAUCACAACACAGGGCCCGCUGAACAUAAUUGCCACGAUCUGGGAUUGGGAUGCAGUGGGCGAUCACGAUUAUGUUGGCCGGACAUCGAUCAAACUUGACCCCGUUCACUUCGGUGAUUUCCUCCCGCGUGAGUACUGGCUCGAUCUGGAUACUCAAGGGCGGCUCCUGCUGCGUGUCAGUAUGGAAGGCGAGCGAGACGACAUCCAGUUUUAUUUCGGCAAGGCUUUCCGUACCCUCAAGCGCACAGAGAGGGACAUGACUCGGAGGAUCACCGAGAAGCUCUCGGCCUAUAUCAGCCAUUGCCUGUCUCGUCGGACGUUGAAGUCCCUCCUUUCGCGCGGUCUCAGCAUGUCGACCGUGUCCAACUUCCUGAACCGCAACCGCGGGCAACCUACCUCCACGGGCCCUACACCGGCCGAUGUAGAGAAUGCCCUGGACCCACUUUUCAACUACUUCAAUGACAACUUCGCAAUAAUGAACAAGACCCUCACCGGCGAAGCCAUGCGCAUGGUCAUGGCACGUCUCUGGAAAGAAGUCCUCGCCACAAUCGAAAGCCUCCUCGUCCCCCCACUCUCCGACAAACCCUCGCACCAGAAACCCCUCACAAUGCAAGAAGUCGACAUUGUUUUCCGCUGGCUCGUCCUCCUCCUCAACUUCUUCCACGCCAUCGACGAAGACACUGGCGAAGCCGGCGGCAUCGCAAUCGACAUCCUCAAAUCCCCCAAGUACCACGAGAUCCAGAGCCUGAACUUCUUCUACUUCGAGCCGACGGAGAACCUGAUCCGCACGUCGGAGCGGAUGGCCUCGGCGAACGUGAACCGCCAACAGGCCAACCGGAACCGCCUCUCGGCGCCCGCACAUCUGGGUGCCACGGGAUCCGUACAUGGCGGGCUCGGCGUACCUGCUGCGCGCCGCGCGAAGAGCAUCAUGCUGUCGCGGAACCUGGGCACCAUGAAGAAGGUCAAGGAGGAGAAGCGCCGCGAGGCACAGGCCGAUCCGAACGACGAUAUGAUCCUGCGUAUUUUGCGCAUGCGGCCCGAGGCUGCGGGGUAUCUGCGGGAUCGCAGUCGGCAGAAGGAAAGACUUGCGGCAGCGGCGGCGGCGGAUGCCAUCGUGAAACAGAGUCUAAUGGCUGGUGCGGGGAGCCGGAUGAGCGGGACGAUUCCCCGGCGCUGA